AUGCGCUCGCUCGGCCAGAACCCUUCAGAGUCUGAGCUUCAGGACAUGAUCAACGAAGUCGACGCUGACAACAAUGGCACCAUUGAUUUCCCAGAGUUCCUCACGAUGAUGGCUAGAAAGAUGAAGGACACCGACUCCGAGGAGGAAAUUCGGGAGGCAUUCAAGGUUUUCGACCGUGAUAACAAUGGCUUCAUCUCGGCUGCCGAGCUGCGCCACGUCAUGACCUCCAUUGGUGAGAAGCUCACUGAUGAUGAAGUCGACGAGAUGAUUCGUGAGGCGGAUCAGGAUGGUGAUGGCCGGAUUGACUACAACGAAUUCGUCCAACUUAUGAUGCAAAAAUAA